GGUGUGGGCCCAAACCAGUGGAAUGGAAUGGAGCAUGGAAUGUGAAAAAAAACGAGGCCCAACCGUCCCCAAUCUCCUCCCCACCAAAACCGCGCCACCAUGUCCAUGUCCAUGUCCAUGCUUCCUCUUCCUCCUCCCUCACUCUCCCGUCAGAUCCCCUCUCCCCACUUCUUCCUCGCCCAAAUUCCCUCUCCCCGACCAAGCUUCAGCUCUGCUCUAGCCCCAGCAAUGCCGCCUAGCUCGUAGCCGACGCGCCCGUCCGUCCGUCGCAACUCGCAAUGGCGCCCGCGGCGGCGCUGCUGCUGGCGUGCGCCGUCGCCGCGCUGGCAUGCCUGGCACUCGCGGACCCGCCGGCGAGCGAGCAGACGGCGCUGCUGGCCUUCCUCGCGGCCGUGCCGCACGAGCGCAAGCUCGGGUGGAGCGCCUCCACGCCGGCCUGCGCCUGGGUCGGGGUCACCUGCGACGCCGCCAACUCCACCGUCGUCAAGCUGCGCCUACCCGGGAUCGGGCUCGUCGGCCCCAUCCCGCCGGGGACCCUCGGGCGGCUAGCCAACCUCCAGGUGCUGUCCCUCCGCGCCAACCGCGUGUCCGGCACCAUCCCCGACGACCUCCUCCGCCUCUCCGCCCUCCGGUCCCUCUUCCUGCAGGACAACGCCGUCUCCGGCGCCAUCCCGCCGGGGGUCUCCGGGCUGGCCGCGCUCGAGCGGCUCGUGCUCUCCCACAACAAUUUGUCGGGCCCCAUCCCCUUCGCGCUCGGCGGCCUCGCGGCGCUGCGCGCGCUGAGGCUCGACGGCAACCGGCUGUCCGGCAAGAUCCCCAGCAUCGCCAACCCGGGGCUCAGGGCGUUCAACGUUUCGAACAACAUGCUCAACGGCUCCAUCCCGCGGGCGCUGUCGCGCUUCCCCGCCGACGCCUUCGCCGGGAACCUCCAGCUGUGCGGCACCCCGCUGCCCCCCUGCAGCCCCUUCUUCCCGUCCCCGGCGCCGGCGCCGGGGAUGGGCCCGAGCGACGGCGCGCCGGGGAGGAAGAAGAAGAAGCUGUCCACCGCGGCGAUCGUCGGCAUCAUCGUGGCCGCCGUGGCCGUCGCGCUGCUCCUGCUUCUUCUGGCCAUCGUGUUCUGCUGCAAGAAGAGGGCCCGGCGAGGCGCGCGCACGGAGGGACCGAAGGGCACGGCCGCGGCGGCGGGGCAGACAGGCACAACCAGACCGCCGGCGGCGUCCGGCGAAGGCACGGGCACCGCGUCCUCGCCAAAGGACGACGCGGGCACCUCCGGGGCGGUGGCCGCGGCGGGCGGCGGGACGGGGGAAACGAGCCGGCUGGUGUUCGUGGGGAAGAGCGCGGGGUACAGCUUCGACCUGGAGGACCUGCUGCGGGCGUCGGCGGAGGUGCUGGGGAAGGGGAGCGCGGGGACGUCGUACAAGGCGGUGCUGGAGGAGGGGACGACGGUGGUGGUGAAGCGGCUCAAGGAGGUGGCGGUGGCGCGGCGCGAGUUCGAGGCGCACAUGGAGGCCGUCGGCGGCGUGGAGCACCGCAACCUGCUCCCCGUCCGCGCAUACUACUUCUCCAAGGACGAGAAGCUGCUCGUCUACGACUACCUCCCCGCCGGCAGCCUCUCCGCCAUGCUCCACGGGAGCCGGGGCUCGGGCCGGACGCCCAUGGACUGGGACGCGCGCAUGCGCUCGGCGCUGUCGGCCUCCCGCGGCCUCGCGCACCUCCACUCGGAGCACAGGCUCGCGCACGGCAACGUCAAGUCCUCCAACGUGCUGCUCCGGCCGGACCUCGACGCCGCCGCGCUCUCCGACUUCUCCCUCCACCCCAUCUACGCGCCGACGUCCGUCCGCGCGGGCGCCGGCGGGUACCGCGCCCCGGAGGUGGUGGACACGCGGCGGCCGACGCUCAAGGCGGACGUCUACUCCCUUGGCGUGCUCCUGCUGGAGCUCCUCACCGGCAAGUCCCCGACGCACGCGUCCCUGCAGGAGGGCGACGGCGGCACGCUGGACCUGCCGCGCUGGGUGCAGUCGGUGGUGCGCGAGGAGUGGACCGCCGAGGUGUUCGACGUCGAGCUCGUGCGCCUCGGCGCCAGCGCCGAGGAGGAGAUGGUCGCGCUGCUGCAGGUGGCCAUGGCCUGCGUCGCCACCGUGCCCGACGCGCGCCCGGACGCGCGGGACGUCGUCAGGAUGAUCGAGGAGAUCGGGGCCGGCCACGGGCAGACCACCACGGAGGAGAGCGCGCGGGCGACCACCUCCGAGGAGGAGCGCUCCAGGGGCACGCCGCCGGCCGACCCGACGCCGUAGGUGGCUCCGGCCUGCCCACGGACAUCUCUUGAUUGUUUUGUUGGAUGAUGAAUUGUAUUCUCUCUCUCUCUCUCGCUCGCUCUCGCUCUCCCUCUAUCAAGCCUCAUGUCACGCAGGUUUCAUUCUUUCUUCCGAGUAAAGUAAAUGUUUCUCCUCUUCUUUUCUUUUUUGCUGUACGCCUCUGUGCAGCCCCUUUUGACCUUCUUUGUGAUUCUUUGUGAUGGAUUAACGCUCCCCAUGCAUCAUUA